AUGGCAUCCCUACGAUCUGCUCGACCCGCGCUUCGAUCUCUUCUGGCAAAGAACAUUGUGACCUUGGUCCCCGCCAAGCGCGUUGUUCCUGCUUUCCAGUCUGCGCCAGUGCUGGCUUCCCGCUCGUUCACUUCAUCGGUUCCUCGAUUUGGCAGCGGUGAGAAUGACCAAGCUCUUAUAACUGCUUUGAGCCAGGAGCAGGACUUCGAGAAGGAGUCCGUCGUCGAGGACGGGCAAACUCUGGCUGAGCAGGUUGGAAUUGGAAAGAUGUGGGAGAUCAACGAUCACCCCGGUGGAGACGUUGUCAACUUGACGCGUAAAUUCGGCAACGAAUCGAUCAAGGUGACUUUCCGAGUAUCCGACUGGGCGGACAUCACCCCCGAGGAUGAGGCGGGCAUGGCUGAGGAGGACGCCGAGGGGCUUUCGACCGUCCCAAUCACCAUUGUCAUCUCCAAAUCCUCUGCACCCGGAGCCAUGUACAUUGAAGCUGAUGCCGGACGAGAUGGCGUGACCGUGUCCAACAUGACAAUCUUGGACAAAAAGGUCGCUGUUCAGGAAGGCGCCGAGGGUGACCAUGUUAGAGGCAAUGCUUACGCUGGUCCUCAUCACCAUGAGCUGGAUGAGGAACUGCAGGCUGCCCUUGUAUCGUUCGUCGAGGAGCGAGGUCUCAACGAGGCUUUGGGCAAUUUCGUCGUCUCAUACGCUGAGCUUAAAGAGCAAAAGGACUAUGUCAACUGGUUGGACCAGGUCAAAGGUUUCGUUGAAGCUUAA